UGGAAAGAGAAGGGGUGAUGAUCGAGAAUAAGAACGGGUGAAUAAGGACGAAUUUUCCUGCUUGCAUAAAUUUAAGGCCCCGGAAAAGAUCGUUAUUAUUAAAUAGAGUCAAACAGGCCUAGCACGUGCCAAGGCUCGGACAGAAAAAGUUUCACCAGUGAACACAAGUCGAAUGUCGCGCCACGUGUUUUAGAUGGAGCACCAGGCAUAUGAAUAUCUGUGAGGGCAGCACUAUUUAGUUGUGAACCGUCAACCAAUCAGAGGAGAAGCAGUUUCUCUACCUGCUUCAUAAUUCCAAGCCGGUUGCCCCCGCCUUGGAUUACUAUGGCGAGGCACUAUAUGGUGAAGCAGAAUCUUUUACUAUGGUGAGGCAUGACUGUACAUAUGAAAAAAUUGCAUGGACAGGGGAAGCUAUCCUAGCCUAGUAAAUUUAGAUUAAGAUUUAAUUUUGAUAAUGAACAUAACCUAAAAAAAGAUUCAAACUUGAACAGCCAUAAUUCUCAAAUGAAAAUUCGAUAUAUUUUGUAGUAUGGAUAUUAGACAAACUGUAGGAUUUUAUGAUUUAUGUGUAAAUGAUCCAGCGAGUGAUAGACACAAUUUAUAUCUUAUUUUGUCAAAAUUGCAUGAAUUGGGAUUUAAAACAGUAGCACUGAAUACUAAUUUAGAUGAAGGUGCCGUUGUACCGGAUAAAAAGAAAAAAAAGAAAAAUGAUGAAAGCGAAUCAUUCCAGAAUAUUACAUUAAACACAUUUGAUAUAGAAAGCAUAAGAGAGAAGUUUGAUGGAAAGUUAAAAAUUUUUAAUCGGAUUACAUUUCAUUGCUCCGAUCCAGCAAAGACACAUAUAUUAAAUCAUGCUCAAAGUUUAAAGAAAUACGAUUUAUAUGCUUUUAUUCCAAAAACACAAAAUGCAUUACAGUUUGCAUGUACCCAAUUAAAUUGUGAUAUAAUUACUUUGAAAGCAUCUUCUACAACUUUUAAAUUGAACAAAAAAUUAUAUAAACAAGCUAUUGAAAGAGGAGUACAUUUUGAAAUUCAAUAUACUGAUCUAAUAAAUACAGAAUCUACAAAACUUACUAUACAUUAUUCACAUCUGUUUCAUACAUAUGGAAAAAGUAAGGUAUGUUAAUAUUGCUAUCGAGCAAUUUAUAUUUUAUUAUA